AUGCGGGAAACUGGUUGUUACGCCAACGUGGAUGGGACGGAUGGCUUGACCGUCGUCGGCACGACAAGUACCCGAAAUCAUUGCUUUGUAGUAAGUAGCCUGUACAGUCUCUUAAUCGACACCUACGUGAAGGAUCCGCAUGAGAGAGCGCAUUUGUUCAGUGCCAUUGAGACCAUACCUUGUGUACAAAAGAAGGCUGACUGGGCCCUAAAGUGGACCGGAGACGAGAAAAGUACUUUUGGGGAUCGUGUAGUUGCGUUUGCCGCUGUGGAAGGGAUCUUUUUCUCUGGGGCCUUCGCAGCAAUCUUUUGGUUGAGGAAGAGAGGGCUCAUGCCCGGGCUGACUUUCUCAAAUGAGCUGAUCAGUAGAGACGAGGGUCUGCACACCGACUUUGCCUGUCUGAUGGUCAGCUACCUGAUCAAUAAGCCUAGUGAGGAGCGCAUUCACCAGAUUAUUGACGACGCUGUUAAGAUUGAGCAAGAGUUCCUGACUGAAGCUCUUCCUGUGAAGUUGAUUGGGAUGAAUCAAGACCUGAUGAAGCAGUACAUUGAGUUUGUCGCAGAUAGGCUGCUGGGAGAACUCAUGUGUAGUAAGCUUUACUACUUCGAGAACCCCUUUGACUUCAUGGAGAACAUUUCUCUGGAGGGAAAGACCAACUUCUUUGAGAAGAAGGUGGGAGAGUACCAGAAGAUGGGGGUGAUGUCUUCCUCUGAACAGCAGAAGUUCACGUUGGAUGCUGACUUUUGA